AUGCUUCGUCAACGCACCGUCCAUGGCUUCUGGCCUCGGCCCCUCUAUGCUCGCCGCUCAUCGGCACCGGCUCUAAGAGCUGCGUUUGCCUUGCCUUUCACCACUGCUGCUCAUCUCCAGGCUGCCGCAAAGGCAAAGCGAACGAGGACGACUGUCAAGCUUUCUGACUUGCCCCAGGGGAAAAUUGCUGCGAGUCCCCUCGCACUUGAGGAGCAAAAUGGGCCGGCCUACCCAACCGUCAUACUCCAAGCGCGCCGUCAUAUGGACAAGUUUGAGAAGUGUGUUCUCCUCACAAGAGUGGGAGGCUUCUAUGAGCUCUAUUUCGAGCAUGCCGAGGAGUAUGCAACGCAUUUCGGCAUAAAGCUGGCGUUUAAGAAGACAACUGCUGGACCUGUGCCUAUGGCUGGAUUUCGUUAUAUGCAACUAGACAAAUAUCUGAAAAUCCUGGUUCAAGACUUGAAUCGCCACGUCGCCAUAGCCGAAGAAUUUCCCAAUGAUGCCUCUGAGAAAAUCAAGUCGGGUGGCCUCAUGCAUAAUCGUCGGGUUACCCGAAUCAUCACUCCAGGAACUCUCAUCGACGAGAAUUUUAUUGAUCCUUACGCCAAUAAUUACAUCAUGGCAAUUCACGUUCCUCAAAAUGAUCUUGAUAAAAGUAUGCAGCCAGACACUUCCUCGUCUCACCAAGCUUCAGAUGUCAUGGGCGUAGAUUCUACACCUAUAGGUCUAGCAUGGCUUGACCUUUCCACCGGCCAGUUUUUCACCCAGUCCGCAACCUUGUCGUCUCUUCCGUCCAUCUUGUCCCGAAUAGCCCCACGAGAAGUUGUUCUUGAGCAAUCAUUCGAAUCCAGAAAAGAUCACGAUGUUUUUUCAAUAUUGACAGAUGAUCGGCAUCUCGUCACAUUUUCAUCUGAUGGGGGUCUAGUGAAGCUUGAUGACUGGGCACCAUAUCUGGAAUCAGAAAUCUCUCAAAAUUUACAAACAUCCUUUACAGAUGAUGAAAUCAUCGCGGGUGGCUUGGCGCUGAACUAUGUAAGGAAUCGGUUACAGGAGACGAGUAUGAAGCUUCAGCCACCUCUGCGCUAUGGGAACAUGCAGACGAUGACAAUCGACAAGAACAGCUUGAGGGCACUGGAAAUCAAACAAACCAUCCGCGAUGGUUUCUUCCGUGGCAGUCUUCUUCAUGCGAUACGCCGCACGGUUACAAAGAGCGGCGCUAGGUUGCUCAAUGAAUGGCUUGGCUCUCCGUCCACAUCUCUAGAGGUUAUCAAAGCUCGACAAGACCUUGUCGCUCGUUUCAUGGAGUUAGGCGAUCUUAGGGAUUCUUUGGUCGUCAUGUUACGGCUAAGCGAUGAUUGCCAAAGACUUGUUCAAAGAUUUGCCUUGGGAAGAGGUGAGGCCGAUGACUUACUUGGAAUAGCCAACACGAUUCGCGCAGCUGAAGAAAUCACUACUUUAUUGAAAGAAGCAUCGGGAAGAGAGAGUACUUCUCCUUCAACAGACUGUAUUGAUACGCUAGCGUCUCGAAUUGAGCUUGAAGAGCCGCUUAAACUCGCCCAUAGGAUUCAAGAGUCAAUAGACGAGGAGGGCAUUGCCCAGCAACAGGCAGCAGAAGAUUCCGAGGCAGAAGAAGCCAUGUCUCAAGCCCAAAACAUUGCUUCUGCCGAAGGCUUCUCGGAGGAUGUUGCUGUUUUGACCAAAGGAAAGAGAAAAAAGCGAAGCACCAUCAAAGAGGAGCAAUACGGAGAAGAUAAUCGGCCGUGGAUUAUGAAGCCAACUGCGAGCAAAGAGCUUCAGAGUCUUCACGACGAUCUCGCAUCGCUUCUAAAGGACAAGACUACUCUCGGAGAAGAAUUUUGCGAACGGUUUAAAGCACCAAGCUUGACCCUUAAAUGGGCACCGACCGUCGGCCAUAUUGCCCAUAUUAAGGGGAAAGACGCCAAAAAUCUUGCCGAGAUAAAGAUGGUCUCUUCAAACCGUAGCACGAGAUCGUUCCAGCUUGAUGAAUGGACAUCCCUUGGCCAGCGUUUAGAAAAGGUAACGUCUCGAAUUCGCCACGAGGAGCAGCGUGUGUUUCAAGCUCUACGCGAACAAGUUGUUAAGAACUUUAUUAAGCUGCGACACAUUGCAGCCGUGCUGGACGAAAUCGACAUUGCAACGUCGUUUGCGAAAAUAGCCCUUGAUCAGAAUCUUGUCCGUCCCACCUUGACGGAUUCAAGAACUCACACAAUCAUGGGUGGCCGGCAUCCUACGGUGGAAGGGGGUCUGUUGGAGCAGGGCCGCCGAUUUACUCGCAACGACUGUAUAGUCGGGCCGUCCCCAAACGGGCUCAUUUGGUUCAUCACUGGACCGAACAUGGCCGGCAAGAGCACGUUUCUUCGCCAAAACGCCUUGAUUACAAUAAUGGCUCAGAUUGGAUGCUAUGUCCCUGCCUCGCUGGCCGAAAUUGGCAUUGUUGAUGCAAUCUUCAGUCGCGUGGGUUCCGCUGACAGCCUAUACCACGACCAGAGCACCUUUAUGGUUGAGAUGCUUGAGACGGCUCAGAUUCUAAGACAAGCCACACCACGGUCUUUUGUCAUAAUGGAUGAAAUAGGUCGAGGAACCACACCAGAGGACGGCACGGCAAUCGCAUUUGCCUGCCUGCACCACCUCGUGACUGUCAACCAAUGCAGGACUCUUUUUGCGACACAUUUCCAUGAUGUAGCCGACAUGGCAGCUGCUGAGGGAUUCUGUCACCCAAAAUAUGGCCCCGUCCGGACCUACUGCACUGAUGUCAAAGAGAAUGAAGAUGGAAGCUUCGUCUACGUGCACAAACUACGGCCAGGGAUCAAUCGCCAGAGCCAUGCUCUUAAAGUGGCACAUCUGGCGGGAAUACCGCAGCGCGCAAUUGACAUUGCCCGGAGUGUGUUGGAUGCUAGAGAGGCAAAGGAGAACAAGUCUCGUGGCAUUGCAUAA